AUGAGCUCAUGGUCCAACUUUUUCGGAAGGCGGCAAUAUGAGCUGCUUCCCACGACAAAUGACCCGCCUCAAAACCUUCCUGGAACUUAUCCGGCGGAAGAAAGCACGGAUGCAUCACCAAGUUCCCCUUCAAUUGGAAAUCGCAUAGCCAAGUGGUUGAUCUUCUUGUUCAUUGCACCCAUCACAGUUGCAGCAGUGGUCACCCUUUCAAUUCUUUCCAAGUUCUUUUCCUUCCUAUAUUUGGAUGACAGCGAAGCUCAGCGACGCAGAUCCGCAUCGGAGACAGCGACAACUAGCUGUAAUGCCCUAAUGAAUGACCCUAUCAGCAAGGUUGAAAGGUUUGUCAGGGCUCUAGAGGAGAAUUUGCUGCCGGAACAGCUAUACUCUUCAAAUAAUCCUGACCGCAAUGUGGCUGCCUUGCCUCCUUUUUUCCAAGGCAGCUACACUCAAGCACUUUACAUGGCAAUCAAUCGAGGCAAAUUCUUGUAUGUCUAUUUGACGAACCCAAGCAAUGAGAGCUCGAGCUCCAUCUUCGAUCAUGUUGUCACCAACCCAAAGUUUAUCUCCAUUUUCACCUCAGAGAAUAGAAAUAACCAAAACAUAAUAUGGGGCGGAGACCUCACAAACCUGGAAGCAUAUCAAUUGGCUAACAGUUUAAAUGUCACUAAAUUUCCAUUUUUGGGCGUUCUUUGCCUUACAAGGACGUCUACGAUGACACCACAGGGUCCUUCAAAAACUCCACCUAAGAUAUCUUUGAUCCUGAAGAUCCAAGGAGGUAUAGGUGAAGGUGACCCAGACAAGCUAAUUCAAAGCAAAUUCAUCAAGCGUGCUCUCAAGUACGAACCCGAACUAGCGCUCAUUAGAGCUGAACUAAAAGAUAAAUACAUGUCUGAAAUGGUACGGAAACAACAGAAUGCAGACUACCAACAGUCACUCCUCAAGGAUAGACAAAAGAAGGCUCAAAAGGCUCAGAAAAGACUUGCAGCUGACUACCUUCGUUGGAAGCAAUCUCACAUUCUUGGGCUUAGACUGCAGCAGGAUGUUCGAGAAGGGAAAGCCAGAAUCGCAAUUAAGAUGGCCGGUGGAAACCGUGAGACAUUCUACUUCCCGGAAGACUCGCCCAUUGAGGAUAUCUUUUUAUUCGUUGAGCUACAUCAGAAAAGCCUUUUGGAAGAGGAGUCGAACUUCACCCUUUCACAAGUCGAAGCAGAGGAGAAGUUCCGGGAUUUCUCAUAUCCUUACCAAUUCCGCCUCGUUUCUCCAGUUCCACCUUUGCCUCUGCUUAGUGACUACGACAAGAGCACGCCAGUAAAGGACGUUGGAUUCAUCUACCCCAGCGGCCUUCUCAUGGUUGAGAGGCUCUGA